CAAAACAUACACGGACCCUUUUCUAUGUGGAUUUUGCAGUCUCUACAAAGGUACUCCAAAGGCUGCUUUCUUUAUCAAAUCAUCAGCUUCCUUCUGUUUUUAACCAGCUUCACGGUGCGUUUCAAUCUGGUUUCAGAUCCUACCACCUUCACCGAACCCUGUAAUGUGUAUUCUCUUGCUUACAACCCCGCCCAUUCAGCGAGUGGUGAUAUUUCUCACCAAGCCCUCCCAGAGUUUUCCCCGCCCACUUGUUCCAAGCUGGUUGGUUGAGCUGGUGAACAGGCGUCGUUUGAUUUUCAGUGGGACGGUGCGUGUGGUGGCGGCUCGGCGUAAUAGAACCACAUAGUUCCAUUUCCAGUAUUUUAUUAAAUAAAUCUAAAAUUCGGGAAUACUGUUCAGCUCUACAGUCUUUCCCAGUGAUACCUUGGCUGCAGUAUUUUUCCUUUUGUGGUCCUGACCUGUGUGUUGGAGGUGAUGCGUCGCGAUUCAGCUAGCAGUCGCCGGAAGGGCAAAACCCCUCAACGUCGCCCACCCCUGUUCGCCUCGGGAACCCCCGGUUCCAAACCCAAGUCCCCAAGACGGAGUGGAAUUUCAGAGCAUCAUCCUGUGUCUCCCAAGAAGAGAAGGUUUCGACCAGGAACCAGGGCCUUGAUGGAGAUCCGCAAGUACCAGAAGAGCACAGGUUUUCUGCUCAGGAAAGGACCUUUCUCUCGUCUGGUUCGUGAGGUGUGCCAGAGUUUUUCCAAAGAUGCUCUCAGGUGGCAGAUCUAUGCUUUGAUGGCCCUGCAGGAGGCAGCAGAGGCGUUCCUUGUCAUGCUAUUCUCAGACGCCAACCUGUGUGCCAUCCAUGCCAAGCGGGUCACCGUGUUCCCCCGUGACAUUCAGCUGGCCAGGAGGAUCCGUGGAGUAGAUAACCUGUAAAAACAACAAAGUACAAAGUAGACAAGCAAGUACCAGCAACAGGAAUGACGUUCUUUUCACUUCUGUCUGUUCUGAUAUGUUAAUACUGGUUUUAAAUACUUAAUCUGUGUUUAGCUUUAUAGUUUCUACAGGUUCACAGAUCAUCACUGUUAAAGUUAUGAAACUUAGGAAAAGGUAACAAGUAAAAAUUAAAAAAAAAAGAAACAGAAGAAAAAAAUAAAUAAAUCAAGCCACUGUAUUUUUAUACAUUGUUGGAUUAUUUUAUUAUACUUAAUAGUUCUGCUGUUUUAUUGUUAUUGUUAUCAUUGUUCUGUGUUGUAUUGAUUUUGAUGUGUACAUAUUGCACCCCAUUCAAGUAAAGUUAUUUUGUUAAUAAACAGAUUUUUCUUUUACUUA